ACCAUUGUAAACCAUAUACAAUGCUUGAAACAAUUUAUUUGCUAAAUAUUUUUUCACAAACAUAAAAUAAUAAAAAAUACAUACUUAACUUUGUUAUUAUCAUUAAAAUAAAAAUGAAGUUUUUCAUAAUAUUACUUGCAUUAACUGUAAUAACACUGAGCGCUUUUGCUGAGGAAGAUUCGAAGCCCACCGUAAAAAUUGGUAUUAAAAAGAGGGCAGAAAAUUGUGAAGUCAAGGCGCGCAAGGGUGAUACUAUUCAUGUACAUUAUAGAGGUACGUUGAAAGAUGGUACUGAAUUCGAUAGUAGUUAUGAACGUAAUAAGCCUUUCUCUGUGAGGCUUGGUGCCGGUCAAGUGAUAAAAGGAUGGGAUCAAGGCCUAUUGGGCAUGUGCGAAGGUGAAAAACGGCGUUUAGUUAUACCGCCUGAAUUGGGAUACGGCAAAGCAGGAGCAGGUGACAAAAUACCACCAGAUUCAACGCUAGUAUUUGAAGUGGAAUUAGAAAAGAUUGAUAGGCCAAAAGUUGAUUUAUAAAUUUCUAUUCGUUGAAUUUUAAUUUUCUAAAUAAAAUACCAGCUUUCAAACAGAA